AGCAGCGCAGCCGGAAGCGGUCGGUGCGGAGCGGGGGGCGCGAGCGGGGCCGGUCCCGGGACAGCGCGGGACAGCGAGGGAUGGGACAGCCCACGGAUAGACCAGGGACAACUCGGGACAGCCCAGGAACAGCCCAGGGAUAGCGAGGGACAGCGAGGGACAGCCCGGGAUAGCGAGGGACAGCCCGGGAUAGCGAGGGACAGCGCGGGAUAGCGAGCGACAGCGAGGGACAGCCCGGGAUAGCGAGGGACAGCCCAAGAACAGGCCAGGGACAACUUGGGAUAGCCCACGGAUAGACCAGGGACAACUUGGGACAGCCCAGGGACAGCCCAGGGAUAGCGAGGGACAGCCCAGGGGUAGACCAGGGACAACUCGGGACAGCCCAGGGACAGCCCGGGACAGCCCAGGGACAGCCCGGGACAGCCCAGGGACAGCCCAGGGACAGCCCAGGGACAGCCCAGGACAGCCCGGUGACCCCAGACUGGGGGUGGCUGGUCCCCAGUAGGGACCAGUGACCCCCAAACCGCGCGGGGGGCCUCUCCCGGUACAGCCCGGUGACCGCUGACCCCCGUCCCGGUGACCACCGGGGGCUCCCCGUGAUCUCCUCGCUGCCCGCAGACCCUCGGCCAUGGGCGAGCGCAAGGGCACCAACAAGUACUACCCGCCCGACUUCGACCCCGCCAAGCAUGGCUCCCUCAACAAAUACCACCACAGCCACCCGCUGCGGGAGCGCGCCCGGAAACUCUCCCAGGGCAUCCUUGUCAUCAGGUUCGAGAUGCCCUUCAACAUCUGGUGCGACGGGUGCCAGAACCACAUCGGGAUGGGCGUCAGGUACAACGCGGAGAAGAAGAAGGUGGGGAACUACUACACCACGCCCGUGUACAGGUUCCGGAUGAAGUGUCACCUGUGCGUCAACUACAUCGAGCUGCAGACGGACCCCGGGAACUGCGACUACGUCAUCGUCAGCGGGGCCCGGCGCAAGGAGGAGCGCUGGGACCCCGGCGACAGCGCCCAGGUGCUGCCCACAGCCCCGGAGCAGCGGGAGCGCCUGGCCCUGGACCCCAUGUUCCGCCUGGAGCACGGCGUGACGGACCGGGGCGUCCUGGAGCGCGCCGCCCCCAGCCUGACGCGCCUGCAGGAGGCCCAGGACGCCUGGAAGGACGAUUUCGGCCUCAACAGCCGCCUCCGGAGGCGCUUUCGGGUCGGUGGAGAGCCCCCAAUCCUCACCGGGGGGGGGGCGGAUCUCCAGGAUUCCCCCCCAAAUACCCACCGGGGGAAAACUCCUGAAAUUCCCAGCGAGGGGAUUCCCGCCCGCGCAGGGCUCUCCGGGCCCCGGGGCGGGGGGGGGGGGUGUCUUUCCUCUCCCCCAGCCCCGUUGUUCCCCUCCAGGAGGAGAAAGAAGACGCUGCGGGAGGAGGAGGAGGAGGCGGCGGCGCUGCGGGCUCGGGCCGGGCUCAGCAUCCCGCUGCUGCGGGAGGAGGAGGAGGAUCGGCGCCUGGCCGCGCUGCUCACCCUGCGCGCCCCCGACUCCUACGAGGAGAAGCAGCGGCUGAAGCGCUCCGAGAUCUCCCAGCGCUCCUGGUUCGCCCCCGGCGCGGCGCGAGCGCCCGCGGGGACCCUGCAGAAAUUGGGUCUGGGGGCGGCCAGAGCGCCCAAGGCACCGCCGGGGCCGCCCCCGACCCCCGCCGGGCUCGGCAUCGUGCGGCGGCGAACCGGGGAGGAAGGGGCGACCCCGGCAAGCCGCGAGACCCCCGAGGCCGGGCCGGAACCCCCGGUGUCGCCCCCCAGGACCCCCCCGGCGUCGCCCCCCGCCCCGUCUUUGGUCGCCGAUUACUCGGACUCGGGCUCCGACAGCCCCUGA